CGACUCAGCCACCAACUCACCAGCUCCAUCCACACAUCCCGCCAGCUCACACAUCCCACUAGUUUGCACCUUCCACCAACGCUUCGUAUCAUCUCUCGCAUCCAUCCAGUCUCGACUCUCGAAUUGACUCCAUGGCUUCGUCCCGAUUUUCCCUCCUGGCGGCAUCGCUCGCCAUUCUGCUCCUCGCUACGGCGACCAGCGCGUUCGCGCGCCACUACGCCGUGGCGGUCACCGCGCCGCCCCCGACGUGCGACGCGUCGACUUUAAACGGAUUCGCCAAGCAAGUCAAGCUCACUAAUGAUGGUUUGUUCCUCCUCCACUGGAACGUCACCAAGGACAAGAAGGGGAUCGUCGCAGCCAUUCAGGCCAAGACCGGGAGUGGCGGCGAGACGGGCUGGGUUUCCGUCGGCUGGACCAAGAAGAAGGAUCUCAUGAUGCCCGCCGAUGUCGUCGUCGGAAAUCUUGCGAACGCCGCGCCGAACAACGUGCUGGCUUACAACCUGAAGAGCAAGACUGCUCUGAGUCAGAAUAAGAAGACGGGCGCCUUGACGCUCUCUGCGAAAUCUGUGGCUUCCAACGCUGACGGUUUGAUCGUCAAGUUCACGGUUAAAACAGGCAAGAAGGGUGUGGCUCCUCCCAAGUACACGGGUUACAACAACAUGAUUUGGGCCUAUAACGACGCCAAGACAUUCAACGCGCACUCCAACCGGGGUAGCAUCUCCGUCCACCUUGGAUGCACGCCUGUGUAAUUCGGAGCCACGUUUUCAUCUCCACCAGAGCGUAGUUAGGGAUGCAUGGCAUCGGCAAUCAGCUCUCAAGGUGUGGCACGGCUGUAAAUAUCGCCAUGAGGCUCGAGGUCCACUCACUGAGUGGUGAUGCAUAGUGUUGUGUAUGCUAGGAACCAAGGGUGCGAUCCCUGUUGCUGAUUGUUGAUGCCCUGUGUUUGAGUACAGAAAUACACAUUAACCAUUGUA